AUGGCCGAUGUCACCAAUGAGGAACCCACCGAAAUGAGGUAUCAAGAGAAACUUAAUGGUGAUCUAUCAUAUGAGCUAAUCCUGGCAGUGCCUGUGACUGUGACUCCUCCCAAACGACCUUCGCCUCGCAAAAAUGUUUCAGCGGAAAACCUCAUGGAGAAAAUGAAAGCAGCUGAAAAGAGAAGAUUAUCAUUAAAAGCAAAAAGAUUGGCUGUUGUGGCUACCGAGAUAUCAAAGAUUGAGGAGGCAUCAAAGAGGAAGAAGGAGCUAAUAAAUAAUUUCAUUUCAAAAACACAAGAAGACCUAGAACGAAAAAUGAAAACGGCAAUUGCGAAUCGAGAAAUGUUUGAAAAUGACUUAAAGUCUAGAGUAAGGGAGGAUUUGGAGAAGAUAAAACGGUUUAUAGGGAGCCUAGAGAAUGAAGCGACAGAUGCAGUGGAGUAG